AUGGUCGCUCUCAAGAGCCUCCUCGUCCACGCACUCCUCGCAGCGACCUCCACGGCCAGCUCUCUCCUCAAGAGACAAUACCCUGGCCCUGGCAGGGUCACUGGCGACACGAACGUGCAUGAUCCCUCAGUCGUCAAGACUCCCGCGGGCCUCUACAUCCUCGCCCACACGGGCGACAACGUGUCACUCAAGACGUCCACGGACCGCACGGCGUGGAAGAAUGCCGGUGCCGUGUUCCCCAACGGCGCUCCGUGGACGACGACUUAUACGGGCGGCAGCAAGAACCUCUGGGCGCCCGACAUCUCCUACCGCAACGGCAGGUACUACCUGUACUACUCGGCAUCGACCUUUGGCUCGUCUAGGUCGGCCAUCUUCCUCGCGACCAGCUCCACCGGCUUGUCCGGCUCGUGGACCAACCAGGGCCUCGUGAUCGAGUCGACAACCUCGAGCAACUGGAACGCCAUCGACCCGAACCUCAUCGUCGACGCCCAGGGACGCUGGUGGCUCAGCUUUGGCUCCUUCUGGUCCGGCCUCAAGAUGAUCCCGCUCGACCCCAACACGGGCAAGAGGUCCGGCAGCGACCUCAUCUCGAUUGCCAGCCGGCCCAGCAACGGUGGUGCCAUCGAGGCCCCUUACAUCACCCGCAGGGGCAACUGGUACUACCUCUGGGCCUCGUUCGACAAGUGCUGCAACGGCGCCGCCAGCACGUACCGCGUCAUGGUCGGCCGCUCCACCAGCGUCACGGGCCCCUUUGUGGACAAGGCUGGCAAUCAGAUGAUGUCGGGCGGUGGCACCCAGGUCAUGGCCAGCCACGGCAGCAUCCAUGGGCCUGGUCACCAGGCUGUUUUUACGGAUGCCGACGCCGACGUGCUGGUCUACCAUUACUACGCGAACGACGGGCAAGCUUUCCUGGGCAUCAACCUCAUCCGCUACGACAACGACUGGCCGGUGGUGUAUUAG